ACGUCAGAGAUCACGUGUUCAUGGCUUCGAAUCUUCGGUAUCGAAUGUAAACAUCUUUUCAAAACGCGUUCGAUUUCCGAUAAGCGCGCUCCAGCUGCUCAGCGCAGCGGACUCUCCUCCCGCGUCUCAAACCGGAAGAACUACUUCAGCUGAGCUCCUGAUGACAUCCUGCUGUAAAGAUGGAGUUUAUUAAAGAGGAGAAUGAGAACACGAAUGAUCCAGAGCUCUGCAGAAUUAAACAAGAAGAUACUGAGGAACAAAUAGACCUGAUGGAAGUGAAUGAAGUGGAGGAGAAUCAGCAUCAGCAUCACUUCUUCACAACUGGAGACAAAUCAGGAGGCAAAAAUUAUUUCAUCUGCCCGCAGUGCGGAAAGAGUUUCCCACAUAAAGGAGACCUUAAUAAACACAUACGGAUCCACACCGGAGAGAGACCCUUCAUGUGCAUUCAGUGUGGAAAGAGCUUUACGCAGAAAGCAAACCUUAACAGACACCAGCGUGUUCACUCUGGAGAAAAGCCCUUCACAUGCCCUCAGUGUGGACGGAGCUUCACAUCCACCAGCAUCCUCAAACACCACCUGCGCUCUCACUCCGGAGUGAAGAUGUUCAGCUGCAAUCGGUGCGAUAAGAACUUUAUUUUAGCCAGACUGUUGAAAAGACAUCUGAAGAUGCAUGCAAACCAGAAGCCGCACUUGUGCUCCUUCUGCGGGAAGAGUUUUUCACAACUGGACUUUUUUAUCGAGCACCAGAAAAUGCAUAUCGGCGGGAGACCUCACAAAUGCUCAGAGUGUGGAAAUGCCUUUAAUACGGCCGAUUCCUUGAGACGACAUCAGAGGAUUCACACCGGAGAGAAACCCUACAUUUGCUCGCGUUGUGGAAAGGGAUUCAUUCAGUCUGGACAUUUGAGAGCGCAUGAGAGAUUGCACACGGGAGAGAAGUCAUAUCAGUGCUGUUCAUGUGAGAGGAGCUUCACACAUUCAAGAGAACUAGUGACUCAUGUUAGAAAGCGUUGCCCAGAGUAGUUGUUCAUCACUUUAAAGGAAUAGUUCACCCAAAAAAUAAAAAUCUGAUGAAAAUAUACUCAUUCUCAGGGCAUUCAAGAUGUAGUUGAGAUUGUUUCUUCAUCAGAUUUGGAGAAAUGUAGCAGUCAUCAUUUGCUCAGCAUUGGAUGCUCUUGCAGUGAAUGGGUGCCGUCAGAAUGAGAGUCCAAACAGUUGAUAAACACAUCACAAUAAUCCACAGCACUCCAGUCCAUCAGUUAAUGUCUCAUGAAAAGAAAAGCUGCUUGUUUGUAAGAAACAAAACCAGCAAGGUGUUUUAACCAAUCGCUUUUUAGCCAAAAAUACAAGUCCAUAAUGGAUAGUAACGCUUUUACCAGUCCACUUCCUGUUGUCUUUUACAUCAAAACCCAGCCAUGUAUUUGUUUAGAGCUCUUUUAGACUGGUUUGGCUUUAAAACAAGUACAAGCUUGUACCUUUUUACUGGAAAAAACAAUAUGUGACUCAGGACAACAAAAACCAGCAUUAAGCUAAAAAUAUUUUUUUAAUUGAAAUGUAGACAUCAAAUCGAAGCUGAAUAAAUUAGCUUUGCAUUGAUGUAUGGUUUAUUAGGAUGUGUGACAAUAUUUGACUUAAAUACAACUUUGAAAAUCUAAGGGGUGCAAAAAGAAUUUUAAAAAAUCACCUUUAAAGUUUUCCAAAUUAAGUUCUUAAAAUUUAAGUUUUGAUAAAUUAACAGUAUGGAAUUUACUAAAUAUCUUCAAGGAACAUGAUCUUUACUUUAACUUUACUUUAAUAUCCUAAUGUUUUUUGGCAUAAAAGAAAAUCUAUAAUUUUGACCCAUACAAUGUAUUUUUGGCUAUUGCUACAAAUAUACCCCAGAGACUUAAGACUGCUUUUGUGCUCCAGGGUCAUAUGUUAUUAACAAAGGGCUCUUAUUUUACCAAGAAGUGAUUUUGUAAAGUUAAAAACACCUUAAUGAUAGACUUUCUUCACAAUUGAUGAAAUUGUGGAUUGUUGUGAUGUUUUUAUCAGCUUUUUGGACUCUCAUCCUGACGGCACCCAUUCACUUCAGAGCAUCCAUUGGUGAGUAAGUGAUGCAAUGCUUUUUGAAGGGUUUGUGGGGAAGCUUUUCAUUCAAUUUGUCAAUCAAAGCAACCUUAGGCUUUUAAAUCUCAAUUUUAACAGCUUAGUUAGUCUACAGUGGUUGCAGAAAGCUGAUGCACUGAGAAUGAGACUGUUUUCUCUUGCACUGAAACCCAUUCAUUUCGUCUCAUAACAUGUGGAAAUAAAAGCCAGAUGUUCUGUUGUUUCUUUAAAUGUAAAUAUGGAAAUAAUGCUUUUCCAAAUUUGUUAAUUUAAACCUAGAGUUCAUAUUUUUAUGUAGACAUUUAUAUUUACAAUGCAUCCAAAUUAAAUUCUUUUUGGUUUAAAUCAAAGUAUAUUUACAUUCAUGCAUUUGGCAGAUUCUUGUUCCAUGAACGAUGUAUAAAUAAUGUUUUUGUGAAUAUUAU